AUGCAGCAGACCUAUCUCUCCACUCUAGACUAUCAUCCCGAAUCAAGGAAAGUGCAGGGGGGAACGCUCCAAUAUAAGCCGGCCACAGAAAGCGGCUCACAUGGGAAACGAGAGCGCACAAGCAGGAGUGGGAACGACAGAUACCGCUCCCAACAUGGUGUCAUUCGGCGUGAUCGACCUUUGGAGAGGCACAAGCCGUGGAAAGCACGAAAUCCAGAGCCUAGCGUAACAGAUCGGAUACCGCGAGAGCAAUGGCAGAUUCAAAAGAAGGCACUUUCUCAAAGAUUCCCUCAGGGAUGGUCUCCACGCAAAAGAUUAUCGCCAGAUGCGCUUGAAGGUAUCAGAAGCUUACAUACAAAGGAUCCUAUCUUGUACGACACUCCAGCUCUUGCCAAUCAGUUCAAAGUGUCUCCUGAGGCGGUACGUCGGAUCUUAAAAAGUAAUUGGAGACCAAGCGACGAGGAAGAUGAUGAUAGAAAAAAGCGUUGGGAGAAUCGAGGUCAGAGGAUAUGGGAUCAGAUGUCAGACAUAGGUGUCAAGCCUCCUAAAAAGUGGCGCAAUGGACGCACCAAAGAGUUGCUGCCAUUGAAUGAGGUGCCUGGCGGACUGCCCCAGAACCCCCAUACACAGGAAGCGUUCAUACCCAUGUCCGAUAGAAUUUUUUGA